CGUACCAACCCGGAUUAAACCGGAAAACCAAAUUGGAUAAUUGAUUUUGAUUCGUUCAUUCUUCUCGUGAAUAGAAAAAGCCGGAGACCUCCUGACUUUUCUUUCGACUCGGAGACUAUGGCGACCGAAUACGACCAAGCUCUUCGCUCCGUUGCUCAGGUGAAAAUCGCCGACCAAGUUGGUGAUUCCGGCGAAGGAGACGGCGUUAAAGUCUCGUGCUUCACUGAAGUUACUCUCCAAAUCCAGAUCAUCCGUCUCGCCAAGCAGAUUUAUGUAUGGGUCGGUUGUAAUUCCGCCAAAUUUGGGAACUUGUACGCAGCCGCUUCAACGCGACCGAGCAAUACAGUAAGUGUUACAUCAUUACUUGGUGGAACAUCUGAUAACACUGGUUCUGGCAUGGCUCGUAGAUUAGUGAUGAAGACUGGCCUCAACAUAAUCCUCGCUUGCAACAUCCCUAAAAACAAUCCUUUGCUCGAGGCAAAAGCUGAGAAAGUGUUGAUCAGAAAGCUGAUUGAUCUUGGUUACACAAUGUCAACAACACCUGUAAGAGAAACAUGAUCAAAAAGGGAGAAUCAGUUUAGCUGUUUCUUCAAUUUGUUUAUAUCUUCUUUGGCAUGAAUGAUCAACUUAUUCUUCGGAUAAAUUUUGUUCGCAUCAUGUCUUAUGUAGCUGGAAAAUUUGGUUCCUCUUUCACGACUUUCAGAUGUGUCUGUUUUUUUUUCUUAUAGUUUCGCGUGAUUUCUUCUACUUAUGAACGUGUUGACUCUCUAUUUACAUUCCAAAGUAUGAAACUCUAAAUUCCAAAAAUCGAUCAUGUUUGAUAAACUCUGCAGUAAAUGGGCUUAUACACGGGCCUUUUCAUUUUUUCGUUAUUUUUUG